GCAACUAGAAGCGACACUAGAUGGUAUGCCUGUGCGAAGGAGGGUAUCGUAAUCCGUAACACCGACCUAACUAUCGAACACCCUGACGAAGACAUCGCUUGGAUUCAUAUCUACGUAAAUUGGUUCUGUCUUAUUUAAGGGGUCCAAGGGCCCAGCAAUGUUCCCCACCUCGAGUGGGAGAGGCGCCUUCAAAGGCCCCCAGAAGGGCUACGUCUCGGGGUAUUGGUGGCGCCGCGCCCACGUACUUAGCCCGGCGAUUUGGCCAGGCCAUCAGAGGAUUGUAAGAUUUACGACCCCUGAGGUUUCGAUGCCCGAUCGCUUCCUGGCAGGGUUGAAAAUAACGCACUCCUUUUUUCUAAUGCACCACAGUUUUUAUUAGCCAUCAAUUUCUAAUUUUUAAUGCAAAAUAUAUCCCUCAGCAGGUAAAUUUUAAUUUUCGAUGGAAAAUAACUCCCAUUAACCCUUGGCCAGCAUUGUGGAGUAUCAAACGCUCUACUCUUGCUCGCACUUAAUUCAAUUUUCAAUAGUAAAUAAUUUCCUAUAAUCAUUCAAUUUUCAAUGAUAAAUAAUUACCAAUAAUCAUACGAUUUCAAUUUUAAUGGGAAAAAAUUUGCAAGAACCAUGAAGUUUCAAUUUCUAAUAUAAAUUACUUCCAUUACAGAAUGACCGGCUGAUGCAUUACUUUUUCAUUCGAAAUUUUACAACGCAGCUUCCCAGACUAUUUGAGGAGCAUUUCUCAGGUCCUUGGAACCCAUUUCUAAUGACAUUUCCUACCCUGGCUUAUUCUACUCAAUUACAAUUUUUUUUGCGGCCCAAGUUCCAAAGAAACGCGUCGAUCGAAUUGAUUGUUUUAAUAACUCUACUUAAUUAGUCUUCACACAGAUUAACACACCUCUGUAUGGGCUGUAGCUAUAACAUCAAAUUCUACGGAACCGUUUGCCCAAAUGGCCAUAGGCAGAGAGUUAUCAGUAACGGAAACAGGCCCAGUAGUCUUUCCAUGUCGGACAACGUCACCUCAUUGGGAAGUGCUUCUUCAUACAACAAACGAAAACUUGACGGGACGCUUCGAUCCAAAAAUCGGGUUCAUUGCGACGGGAGAUCUAAGUUACCUGGUUAAUCAGGAAAUUAAUUGUUCCGUAAUCAACGAACCCAGGGCAUUACGUGAUAUGAAGUCAGUUUCGUAUCGUCUCGCCGAUGAGGAAGAUGAUUUACCGAUGCCCAAACCAGAGAUUGAUAAAAUCGCGUUACACCACAUGGUCUGGGGAAGGGAUCAAAAUAUAAAUUGCACAAUCACUGUACCUCUUAAAAAUCUUACACUUCAAUGGAAAGCCCCAGAAUCAGUCCAUCAUCAGCGGCUAAUCACAACCCGGUUCACAACGGAUACAGCAGAUCCUAUGUAUACAUCUUAUAUUUCCGAGCUGACAAUUAAGAAUGUGACGGAAAAUGAUGGCGGUAGCUACACUUGUUUCAUACAAGAAUAUUCCGAUGUCGAUGAAGCAGCAGACACGUGUGAUAUUAAGUUUUGGGAUCCGAACCACUUUUUUGUCAACGUAAGCAUGGUUGAAGGUGACGAUUAUCGAUCAAUUGUAGGAAAAGAGGGAGAGACUUAUAGAUGGAAUAUUAAAGUUGACGCAUAUCCCGAAUACUCGCUGCACUGGUACAAGAUCGAUCAUCAAGAACUUAAGGAAAUCAAUUUCAACAAUAACAGCAAAUACUCGGUCAGCGACCCCUUUCGGACCGACGGAGGGCGAAACCACCUUUUUGAAAUACAUAACUCGGACGUGUACGAUAAUGGCGAAUAUGUCAUUCGCGUGAGAACGAAAUAUAACAUGAGUGACCUGAAUCUUAACUUGACAAUUAAUGUACAACCAAUUCCCAAAAUCACUCCUAACGUAGAGUACGUUGCACCGGGCCAGUCGAUGAAUUUUUUCUGCACAACAGUCAGUCAUCCGUUAGCAAACGUGACAUGGAGGUAUAUGGAACGACCUAACUAUCCAUCAUUGGAUGGAAAUAGAUCUGUAACUCUUUCGGAUUAUAAGGAACUUCCAAACAUCAAUGCGGUAACCUCGGAGUCACAAUUGAACAUAAAGAUUAACUGCACAGGACAUCUAAUAUGCAGAAGCUGCAACUAUAUAAACUGUGUUGAAGUUUCCAAGUUGAUCUACGUUUCUGAUGUCAAUGCGUCGUUUGCUAUAAAACCUCUCGAAUCCGUCGUUGAAGGUGAUAACAUCAAUAUCACGUGUGGUGCUUCAGUUUAUCUUAAUUUUAGUAGCGAUGAGAUUCUUAAAUGGAACGUUAAUCGUUCGGAUCUUGAAACAGGAAGAAUGAGAGUUUUGGAAGAGAAAACAAAAUUUACGCAUCUUUCAAUACUUCAAAUAAGCGGAGUGACUCGAUUGGACGAUGGGAUUUACAUUUGUGAUGUUCUCGACAAGAGUAAGGGCUUCAAACCCCAGGCGUAUAACUUGUCGGUGGCGGCUGGGCGUAAACCAAAAAUAUACGAAUGGAAUAUGAAUACUUCUCAGUUAGUAAUUGACACGGAUAAAAAACGAAAAGACGGUGUGACUCUCAAAUGCUUAAGUGACGGAAUGCCAAAACCAGAAACCACCUGGUUGAAGAAUAACAAACCACUGCCAGAAGCCCAUAGUUACCACAUUUCGAAAAGCAAAUCUGAGUUCCGCAUAUAUUCGUUUAUCGAGCAAGAUAGUGGACUAUACACGUGUCAAAUGGUGAAUCGUUUUGGGAUUGAUCAAAGAUCCGUGGAUAUUGUAGUUCGAGGGCAAAGUUACACACUUUGGAUUAGUUUGAUCGGCGUGCUUCUCAUAAUCAUUGCCGUAAUUGUUAUUUAUUUGGUAAUUGACGUGAAACGUCAGAGGCGCUUGAAAAGAGAGCUCCACGCGGCAGGAUUGACCCAUUUUGCGGAAGGGGCGAUCGAAUGCCUGAACCCCGAUUUGAACAUCGAUGAUCAAGCCGAGUUAUUACCUUACGAUAAGAAAUGGGAAUUUCCCUGGGAACGCUUGAAACUCGGCAAGCAACUGGGAAGUGGUGCAUUCGGUGUGGUUAUGAAAGCCGAGGCACAAGGAAUUUGUGCCGAAGGAGAAGUGACCACCGUUGCUGUGAAAAUGGUUCGACGAUCUGCAGAUCCAAGUUACAUGAAAGCCCUUGCCAGCGAACUCAAGAUCAUGGCGCACCUCGGCCAACAUUUGAACGUCGUUAACCUUCUUGGAGCUUGCACUAAAAACAUUAUCACCAAGCGUGAACUAUACGUAAUUGUGGAGUACUGCCGCUUCGGAAAUUUGCAUAACUAUUUGCAGCGUCACAGAGAUAGUUUUAUUAACCAGAUUGAUCCUUCUACUAAAAAAAUCGAUGCAAGCAUCGGUAUAGAACUUUUAGCUAGACGUGAUAGUGUCGUUGAACAGAAAAGACGGCCGUCAAGAACAUUUUCUCGCAGUGUCAGCGUCAGAUCAACUGAAACCAAUAGUGGAGCCGAACUGAUAGACUACCAUGAAAACACGGAUUUCGCAGACAUAAACAUGUCUCCAGACGGCGGUAUUUUGAGUAACAAUUCUGUACAGCCCGGGUGGCGAUCCAAUUAUCGAGGUGAUUACAAGGAUCAGAACUUGAAACCGAUUUGCACCCACGACUUACUCUGUUGGGCGUGGCAGGUUUCACGGGGCAUGGAAUAUCUCAGUCGUAGAAACGUUUUACACGGUGAUUUAGCGGCAAGAAAUAUUCUGCUCACAGACGAUAAUUUAGUAAAAAUCUGCGACUUUGGAUUAGCUAAAAAUAUGUACAAGGAUGAUAAUUAUCAAAAGAAAGGGGACAGUCCUCUGCCGAUUAAAUGGAUGGCCAUUGAAUCGAUCAGAGAUAGAUUAUUUUCAACGCAAUCGGAUAUCUGGUCCUUUGGGAUAGUUUUAUGGGAGUUUUUUACGCUAGCACAGACGCCGUAUCCCGGGAUGGAUGCUGAAAAACAGUAUCACAGACUUAUCGAAGGGUAUCGCAUGGAUAAACCAGAAUAUGCAACCAGCGAGAUAUACGAUUUUAUGCAAGAAUGCUGGAACGCCAAGCCGUCUUUGCGUCCUACGUUUUCCGAGCUCGUGAACAAGCUUGGUGAUCUGUUGAAUGAAAGUAUUAGAAUGCAUUACAGCGAGCAGGACGAUGUUUAUAUUGAGAUGAACAAAAGAAAUCUGAAAGAUGGCCAAAGCGAUUACCUGACUAUGAUGUCUCCGUCAAAUCGAGACGUUCACGAUUUAGCUGUUCAAAUGAUGGAGCCACCGCCAAGUUCGGAUUAUCUGCCCAUGAGCCCAAUGAAGACCACCAAAGACCCUGACAUUUUCAGUCCGCGUACAAAAGACUGUGAAACUCACUUUGAUUUUCCUCCUACCAGCAACACGGCUCCGAUUAAUUCGAAUUCGGAAGAUUCUACUGAGUCGACUCCAACCCAGUUAAGCGAAAAUUCGAGGGAAGAGAAGACGGGAGAAGAUCCACAAGAAAAGAGAGCUGAAUCAGGGAAGAAAGAACUGGAAAAUAGUAUAAUCGCAACGGACGCGAAUUACUGUAAUGUCGUCAACAAUCGACCUGUAUCGAUCCCGAAGAAUCACUUCCAAGAUGAAGUGAAAGACUCUUAUACAAAUUUAAUGCAAUCAAACAUAGGAAAUAAUUACAUUAACUUCUCAGCUAAAUUAACCAAUCCAGACCAUCGUGUUAAUAUAUCACAACAAAAAAAUAAUGAAGCGAAAAAUGUGUUCGACAGUUUUAGUAACCCAAGCUAUAUAUCUAUACCUCAGCCGUGAAGAGGUGAGCAAUUUGCACGGUGAACUAGAAAAGUCUUUCUAAUAUACAUUUUAUCGCCAAAUUCUUAUAUAUAUAUUUUACAUUUUACUUUUUUUAUUAUAAGUUGGUAUAAAAAAUCGAAACAGAAAUCUUUAAAGGAUUUUAUUGUAUAUCAUAUUUUCUUAAACUUAAAGGAAUAGCUAAGUACAUGAAAUUGUAUUAACAUUCAUUCAAUCAUUCACUCUUCCAUAGAUAAAUUAUGUAUGAAAAAGUGUAUGAUAUUAAUAUUGUGAAUGUAAAUUAUCGUUCAUCGUUAAAAUUAUCACUCUAUACUUUAUUUGAAUAUUCUUGUAUAAUCUCUCUUUUAUGUUGAUUAUGUUUUGUUAAAUUUAUGACUUAUUAAUAUCUUGAAUCAUCUUCCCGAUAAUGCCUCAACUUUUGGUUACCAAAACGGGAGAUCUUUUGUCGAUGCAAUGUUGAUAACGGCGAAACGUUCGUUGAAAGCGUAGAUCCAUGUGGUUUGUAGUCGAAGAUAACUCGAAAAAGUUUAUGGUUUACUUGUCAGUGACAUCAUUAUGAAGGAACGAAAUCUUCGUCAAGAUACUUUAUAUUAGAAUUUUUUUAAAUUAUUACCAAGGUUUAAUUUCAAAAUAAAAAUAGACACAGACAGGUGAAAAUCUACGAAGACGGACACCACGUGAUGGACACUGAGACUCAAUUCCAACCGAGUACUGGUUUUGAUUUGAGGCUCGCUUAUUUGAUUUGUUAUAUUUUUUUCGUUUUUUUAUGGUUUCUUUUAUAAUAAUUAUUACAAAUAUCAAUCAAUAGUAAUUGUACGUUAUAUACAUGUACACUUGAAUAUGUAUUGUCACCGUUUAAGUAAUUAUCACAAAUUAAAUCAUAGUCAUUGUUCGCUACAUUUACUUUAAAUUUGAUCACCUCCAGGUUUUCCUCUCAGCAUUUGAAAGUUGGUCACACACAUCCCUUCGCACUCUUACAUUCAUUCAUGUAAACUAGUUUACAAUCUUCUGGUUCAUCUUCUUCUGAAUCAUAAAAAUCUUGUCAACUUAUGUGAUAAAGUUAAAUCUAAAUCACAAAAUAUUUUUAUCGUUAUAUUCUGCGUCGAGAUCAAAAUUGAUGAUGAUAUGAAUUCAUUAUGACUAGUACUGGUCAGACAUAUUUUUAUGUAUAUUAAAAACUAAAAAAACAAUGUUUAUAAAUUGCUGCUAAAAUUGAUUGAGAAUACCAGGAAGUUUGAUA